AUGGAGGCUGAAAUGAGAGAAAGGAACAUCCAGUGGCAGUUCAAGGGAAACGAUGAUGACGCUCGAGAUGAAUUCAUGAAUUUUGUGGAAAAAAAGAGAAGAAUUGAGUUUUAUAACCAUCCAGCAGCAAACUGUUCCACAAUGUGCAAAGAAAGAGGUUGUGUAAAUAACUUUUUAUUUAAUUGUUAAAGCAGUGUUGCAUGCAAUUUCCUGCUCCUGCUGAAUAACUCGUUUCAGGGAUGGUUAUCUAGGAUACUGGGACGGUCAGGAGCCCAUUACUGUACGUACUGUCCGUACUUCGACUCAUUAUGAAGGUUGUGUAGUACAAUUUAGUACACAUCAAGUGCAAUUACACUGAGGGCGGUCUGCGAUAUAAGGUAAGGAGGUGUCAGUGUGCUAUUGGAUCGAAACUUAGUUCUUGUCCAGCUUGUCGCUAUCCUUAUUGAGUUCUUAGUUAGAUUCACUCACGGCUUUCGCUGAAUAAAUCAUCUUUCAUAUUAUGCUCUUAAGGUUGCGAAAACUUUGUUUCAAUGGACGGCAUUUGGAAACUCCGUCAUUGCCACUGUUUGUACCCUGUGAGAGCAGAAGUGUCUGGCCUACCGACCAUUAACUAUCCAAAUGUUGGCACCGAAGAGCCGGAAAGCCAAACAUCAGCGUUUUGCGCAGAACACAGCGGACUGGCAAGAACA